UUGAACGAGGAAAAGGGAACUGCUAUCUAUGCAGAUUUCACUAUUUCCACCCAAAAGAGUGGUGGAUCUUAUAUCAUUGUCUCCGUCUAAUAAUACCACCUAUAUUUUGGGUGGUAAUAGCAAGAACAGCAUCGCGAUCUGAGAAAUGUUUCUCAACACUAGAAACCAGAAGAACCAGGAGAGAGUGAGACAGAGAUCAAUAUUCUAAACAAAUACUAACCCUAAAACCAAAUUUUGCAGUAAAUUGUUAUAGGAAUCUCUUGAAUCACUAUUUUUUGUUGAUCAAUUAUUGCCUAAUUGAGGUCCAGGCAACCCCCAAAUUUGGACCAAUACUUACAGAGAAUUCUUUCAGUAGGCUCUGAAAACACUAAUUUUUUAACUGAUUUGGUUGAAUUUUUGGGCUGAAAUGUCGCAGGAGUAUCCUGAAAGGCCUCAGGAAUCAGCAGAGGCUCCAUUAGAGAGGAUUGUCUCAUUUAGCAAAUUGAAUGCUCAGGCCCCUGAGUUUGUUCCUAGAGCUCAAGCUCAAGCCCAUGUCUCUGCCUAUAUGUAUCCUUCUUUCCAGGUUAGUGGUACUGGUUGGAUUUAUGGAGGAGAAUCAGGGCAGCUGCAAAUGGUUUCUACUUCUUCUUCAAAAGAAAUUCUCACUGAUGAGCUUAAGCAGAAGAUUAUUAAACAGGUGGAGUAUCAUUUAAGUGAUUCAAGUCUGGCUACCAAUGACUACUUGAUGAAACAAAUGAAUAAAGACCCAGAAGGCUAUGUCUCAAUAUCAUUGAUUGCAUCCUUCAAGAAAAUAAAAGCCCUCGUUAACAACAAUCAUAUGCUUGCAACAGCACUUCGGUCCUCAUCUAAGCUUGUUGUGAGUGAAGAUGGCAAGAAAGUCAGACGCCAGCAGCGACUUACUGAUACUGACAUAGAAGAAUUCCAGUCUCGUGCUGUUGUUGUUGAAAACUUACCUUCAGAUCACUCUCAUCAAAACCUUGAGAAGAUUUUCGGUGUAGUUGGAAGCGUGAAGACUGUCCGAGUUUGUAAUCCACCAGCUUCUAGUACCUCAGGUUCCUUAUCAUCUAAGUCUCCUAAAACUGACAUGCUCGUGAGUAACAAGCUGCAUGCUCUCGUGGAGUUCGAGACUGUUGAGCAAGCUGAGAAAGCAGUUGCAGAAUUGAAUAAUGAAAAGAACUGGCGGAGCGGUCUCAGAGUGCGACAUCUUCUUAGACGUUCACCCAAGUCUGUUAGGUGUAGGAAGCUGGACUGCGACAAUACUGACGUGAAUUGCGAAGACGAUGCAGCUCUGCCCUCCAACGAGUCUGUGGAAGAUGGCUCUCAAUCUUCCAAACAGCCAGCAGAACAAAAUGGUGAUGAUGAUGUGGAGGAGAGAGAAGGUGGGUCCAGGAGAGGGAGGGGACGAGGGAGGGGAAGGUCUCGUGGGGCCGGGCAGGGUAGGCCCCCCUCUCAGCUUGGAAAUGUGGGCUCCACCCAGUCUGAGAGCACGAACAAGCAGACGCCACAUAGCCCAAGAAUGCCUGAUGGAACUCGUGGGUUCACGAUGGGGCGUGGAAAAUCGGUGAUCUCUUCACUGUCAGCAUUGGAUUAAAAGGAAUCCAAGCUUCAUUUUCUCAAAUGGUUUACGUUUUUUAUGAGGUGCAUGCUUUUCAGGGCUUUUCUUAUUGCUCUUUUUGUUGUUAUUUAGUUGUGGUAUAUGUAGUUUGUGUAUUGCUAGAAGGUGUUUGUGUGAGGGGGUUCUACCAUUAUCUAGGCACUUGCGUUCUUUUCCUUUUUUGUUUAUUUGUUUGAGAAGGGUGAUGCAAAGUACAAAAAAUGGGUAAAGAGAGUUCCUAUAUUAGAGAUGAGUUAUGUAAUGCAAGAUAUGGAGUAGUGCAGACUUAGAAGUAAAAAAUGGGUAAAGAGAGUUCCUAUAUUAGAGAUGAGGUAUGUAAUGCAAGAUAUGGAGUGGCGAGGACUUAGAAGUUAAGUUUAUGUGCUUGUUCAAAUAAAAGAAACUGCUUUUUAAGAUCA